AUGACGCAAACGGGUAUCGUUCCGUACAUCAAAGAAGGUUAUGUCCAACUACCGGAUGGUAGCAGAUUGUCGUUCUUGCCUACCGCCCCGCAGUUGGUGUCCACAACUACUAUCCCGGUGAAAGUCAACAUAAACGAGGGGCUGUCGACGGGUCAGGCCCGUACCCUACGACAAGUCAUCGCUGGAGGUGCGUUCGCUACCGAGACGACGCCGUUUGGCCGAGUAAAAGGGUUCUACCACAUCGUUAACACAGGCAAUCACUCGCCGGUGCACCUGCCGUUGCGCCGUACAUCGCCCCUGGAGCGGGAUAUUGUGAGGCAGGAGGUGGAGAAGAUGCUCGCCCACGGUGUGAUCCGGUCGUCAACUUCAGCAUGGGCCGCCCCUAUAGUACUUGUCAAAAAGAAGGACAAUUCUACAAGGUUCUGCGUCGAUUACCGCGAGCUCAACAACAUCACUGUCAAAGACGUGUUUCCGCUGUCCCGAAUUGACGACAUGUUAGCCGCACCACAUGGCACAAGGUAUUUCUCGAGCUUGGACGUUGCGUCGGGCUACUGGCAAGUCGGGGUGGACGCAGCCACCACCAACCCAGCAAGCGAAAGGUCGCCGGCCCGAUUCCGGCAGAAGACUUCCUCGAACCACUUCGAUAACCGGGGCCAGCCAGUAACGUUGCCGAAAACUGGGUGA